AUGAUUCAGAUCUUCAUUUGCUGGAACGGAGAUUGCACACAUGUGGCUGCCCCUUCGAUCGCGGACGAGACACUGCAAUUUGCAAACUUGAUUUACGGUAGCUCAUUCAGGUAUUUACUCCAGAGAGGCAGGAUGCAUGCCUUCCGUUGUCUCUCCGCGCGCGUCCUCAAACAGCAUCGCGGCGCCAGGACAUCACUCCUAGAUGAGGUGGCAACCCUACACAAAGCCACGGCAGUGAGGACAUUCCACAAGAGCCCCCUCCAAAACCGCAGCUCCGCCGCCGAAGCGGUCCGCCUUGAACCUUUUGAGGAUGAAGCAGCCCCCAGUAGCGAGUGCCUUCCCACCACCACGUCAGGCUGGGAGAAGGCAGGCAGGGGCCCUAGGGCAGGUGCUUCUCGAUUGAGAGGGAGGGGGUCUGAAGAAGAAGGGCCUCCCAUUGAGGACUGGCGGACAGCUGCAGGCUAUCAUGCGAGCACUUCCGGACGGGGGUUCCAGAGGGGGGUUGCGGAUGGUCAAGGGGAGGUUGCAGAUGGUCAGAGGGAGAGGAGGUUGCGAGAGAUGGCCCGAGCAGCCCCCCGUUUCGUGUGGCAGGGUGGGGGCUCUGCAGAGCCGGCAAGGGUGACGGCUCCGCAUGCUGGGGGAGGAAGCAGCCAGUCUGGGGACGGCCCUCAGUUCCCCCCAUUGCCGGAGCAGGUCUUUGGGAGGCCUUCGUCCGCUCAGGGGCAGAGACAGGGUAUGCUUGGAUGGAAGGAUAGUCCGGCGCCGGAACCCUUCAACAGGGAGAAUAUCAGCGUCCGCCAGCAAGCAUUAGAAAGCAAGCUCGAAACACACAGAUCCGGAGAGUCACCCUUAGCAAACCCCUCACCAUUAAGGGGUUUCGAAACAGAAUCUCUAGUUGAUGGGUUUUCAGGGUUUCGGAUCACGCCGCCGCCGCCGCUUGACGACCCUGACGUUUCUCCAACCCUGGUUGACAACUUUGGACGACGUCAUACAUACCUGCGCAUCUCGCUGACGGAGCGGUGCAACCUGCGAUGCAAAUACUGCAUGCCAGCGGAGGGAGUGGAGCUGUCGCCGAGCGACAGCUUGCUGUCCACGGACGAGAUACUACAAUUGGCGACGGUCUUCGUUGCAAAUGGCGUCGACAAGAUUCGGUUGACUGGCGGCGAGCCCACCAUCCGCCGGGACUUCGUCGAGAUCUGCCGCGGGCUGAAGCAACUCGACGGGCUGCGAACGCUGGCAAUCACCACCAACGGACUCAUUCUGCAGAGGCAGCUUCCGGCCCUCCGCGACGCGGGGGUGGAUCUGCUUAAUAUCAGCUUGGAUACGCUCGUGCCGGCCAAGUUUGAGCUGCUCACGCGGCGGAAGGGGCACCACAAAGUACUGCAGUCAAUCGAGAGGGCCCUCGAGCUGGGGUACGACCCGGUCAAGGUGAACUGCGUGGUGAUGCGCGGGGUGAAUGACGACGAGGUGGGCGACUUCGUGGAGCUGACGCGGGAGCAGCCCGUCAACGUGCGCUUCAUCGAGUUCAUGCCCUUCGACGGCAACGUGUGGGACUCCAAAAAGAUGGUGCCCUACGCGGAGCUCAUGGCGGCCGUGAAAACCAAGUAUCCGACGAUUGCGCGUCUGCAAGACCACCCCACAGAUACCGCAAAGAACUUUCGGGUGGAGGGCUUCCGCGGGACCGUCUCGUUCAUCACCUCCAUGACCGACCACUUCUGCGCGGGGUGCAAUCGGCUGCGGCUGAUGGCGGACGGGAACCUGAAGGUGUGCCUCUUCGGGCCCGCGGAGGUGAGCCUGCGGGACGCGCUCAGGGCGGGGGCAACGACCGGGGGACUCGAGGACAUCAUCGGAAGUGCGGUGAGACGGAAGAAAGCGCGCCACGCGGGCAUGUUUGAGAUCCAGCGUACUCAGAACAGGCCUAUGAUCCACAUAGGCGGCUAGGGGCUUGCGUAAGGAAAAUGUAUUUGACACUGUGUAUAGCAUCAAGAUCAGUGUUUGAUAGAAAGAAGUGGGUAGGUAUUGGCAGCUAGCUCUCUUGGGAAUAGAAUGCUCUAUGCAAGAGAGAUACAUUUAGCCUGGUCAGGAUAUCGGAAUUGUUCAUCUUUAGCGGGUUACAUUUGCGCAAAUUGACACGGCUUGAGCCUGCGAUGGGAGGCCUCAUCGUUGCAUUGAACCGUUGGCCGGAAGGCCAGACUGACGACUGUGACUUUCAUGGCA